AUGGUUGCACAAAAAAACAUAAAUCAAGCACUAUCUGAAGAAAUCAAAACACUUAAAGCAGAAAAUAUUGAGAUGCAGAAGGAAAUCAGAAGCAUUAAAAACCAAAACAUGAUACGAGAACAGGAAGCCAAGACCAACAACGUCGUUCCUGUUGGUAUGAAAAAUACCAUCGAUGAGCAAAAAACAUGCCUACCGGAGCUGAAAAAUAAGACAGAUAAAGUGUUAAACUACAUCGACUUUAGCAUUCGGCCUUCCGACUACAAGGUGAGGAUUAUAAAUAUGAAUAAAGAAAACUCACCCAUUCUGGUAACAUUCCAAACACAGCAACAAAAGUUAUCUGUAUUAUCCAAAAGAAGAGAAAAAGGAAAAAUAAUCAGCAACGAUUGUGGCUUAGAAGGCCCGAGCCCAAUAUUUGUUAAUGAAGAUCUAACUAGUGAACAACGCAGAUUAUUCCGAAGUGCCCGGACCCUACGCGAAAAAGAUUACCAGUAUGUUUGGGUGAAAGGUGGAAGGGUGUUUGUGAGAAGAAGUGGAUCAGAAGACGUAGUAAGAGUGAGAACCGACGAAGAUAUCCAGAGACUAUGUGAAACUUAA